UUACCGCGGAUUCAACUAAAUUGUCAUCGUUGUUAUACAUCGUUUGAAAUGAUCUUUUAUAUUAAUUUAAUGAUCGGCACAUAUCGUGCUUAAAAGAAAUUCAUUAUAAAUUUAUUACAUUCACAUGUAUCUGUAGGAUGGAAUCUUUUCAAUGCUUUUAUAAUAUCUCAUAAACCAUUUUUCAACAACCCACGUUGGGUUGGGUUAUAGUAGCAGUAUUAAUCCGGCUGUCGUGAGGCGGCUGAAUUAGCUUGAAAACUGAGGCCGGGCGGUGGGAUAUUUUUGCGUAGAAUUCGAAAACUAAAGACGACCGCCGGUUAUAUGUACAGAUAACAGUUGUUGAAAAUGUCGAGCCAUAUGACAUAUUUCAAAAUCAUCGAAAUCGGAAAAAAUGCUCUUGAUUGACAACUUUAUCAUUUAGCUUUAGGGGAAUCGCAUAAUGGAAAAGAUGAAGUUUCCUGGAGUUUUUGUUAAACUAAAGACCUCUGGUGGCAGAGUGAGGAAAGUUUCCACAGGAUUUUUUCGAAGUCGAUAUUACAGAACGUCUGACACAAGAUCCCAUAUAAUGUCGUAUCAUCAAGUCUAUUUUAUACUUAUUCAACGUUAAUAUGUUUACAAUUAUACCGUAUAAGUAAAUAUGCUUAUAACAGCUUAUAAGUGUGCUUAUCAAAUUUAAUAUCAAUACUAAUCUUAAAUCAGUUUUACUUUACAUAUCAUUUUCUUUUGACAUUUCCUUCAACAUAAAAUUUGAUAAGAUUGCAAUCAAAGAUGAGCGAAAAGAAAACAAGUAAUAUAAGCAGUUCGGCAAAUGUAUUUAGCUAGUUCUCUAUCAUAAACGUUCUAUGCGAAAGGUUUUAUUAGGUCAUGACCCUGGAUGGAAUGAUUCUCCAAAAUGGAUAUAUUUUACUGGACAAAGUUCCAUAACGCCUACCAAGCGAGUACUGAACAAGACGGUAGCAUUUCCAAUGGAAUCUAUACAAGCUAUAGAUAAAGAAUCUUCUGUAAAUAAGCCAUUAAAAAUGCCACCACAUAUACAGGGUUGGAUUGAUCUAUUAAUAGCACCACAUCCUCCAUUGUUAUGUCCUUCAAACAAAAAUAUAGAAGGCAACAAUAUAGAGGUUGAUAAAGAGAAGACAUUAAACAAACUUUUGAAGGAAACAAAUCAGAAACGUUCUACGCGGAAGGUUUCAUUUGGUCAUGACACCAGAUGGAAUGAUUCUCCAAAAUGGAUAUAUUAUACUGGACAAAGUUCUAUAACGCCUACUAAGCGAGUACUGAACAAGACGGUAGCACUUCCAAUGGCAUCUAUACAAGCUGUAGAUAAAGAAUGUUCUGUAAACAAGCAAUUAAAGAUGCCACCACAUAUACAGGGUUGGAUUGAUUUAUUAAUAGCACCACAGCCUCCAUUGUUAUGUCCUUCAAAUAAAGAUAUAGAAGGGAACAAUAUAGAGAUUGAUAAGGAGGAGACAUUAAACAAUGUUUUGAAAAAUUUGGAAACUGUAAUAAGUGAGCAUAUAUUGGAAAAUGAUAGAAUUAAGGAGGUAAAGAAGAGAUUAGAUAUAUUGAAGGAUGUAUGGCUUGAAGAUAAAUUAAAUAAUGUGAUAUACAAGAAUGUUUUAGAUUUGUCUACAGCUUUACGAGAAGGGAACAUUAAAAAAGCUGAUGAGAUACAUGUUUCAUUAAUGAUGCAACAUGCUAGUCUGUGUAGUGCAUGGAUGCCUGGGAUUAGGCAUAUUAUUUUAGAAUUGGAAACCAAAAUGAAAAAUUCAAAUGUAACACAAUCUCAAAGCUCUGAAUUACUUUUAUUAUCUACUGGAGAAAAUAAGUAAAUGACGAUUCCUUGGGUAUAUAAUAUUUGCGUGCAGCAACUAUUUUGCGAUAGUUAUUGACAUUAUCUUUUCGCUUAUAAGUUUAUAUAUUAAUUGAUGUUAUUAAAAAGUACACACCAAAAAGAAACUAUUGAUAUUAUGAAUGUAACAAAUUUUAUUACAAUAAAACAAAUCCCAUGAAACUUA